UGGGCGUAUGUCGUUAACCUUCGCUAAAUUGUCAAUAAAUUCGCCACAGUUUUCGAUAAUUCCUUCAAUUAUUCUUUAUUUUUCUGUAAUAAAAUGUUAUUCGUUUAAAAAAUUCUUUGUAUUUUAACAGCAAAAAAAUGAUUUAUAGUACAAUAUAUUUGGAAUGUACGAAAACUGAAAAUAGGUGUGUAGGAGUGAUAAUUAGUUUUGUAAAAAUCUAAUCUAAUCUUUUUAAUAUUUGUUAUAAUUUAUUUCAACAAGUAUCGAGAGUAAUGAGUAUAGAUUCAUACUUGCGCAAUGUCUAAUUCGAACUGCAAUGAAGAAGAGGAGACGUUUCCGCUUCACGAGUGUGUUUUUGGUGGAGACGUGCGUAAAUUGUCUUCAUUGUUACGGUCCAAUGAUGUGACGCGAAAAGACAAACAUGGAAAUACAGCAUUACAUCUGGCUGUUAUGCUAGGCCGCAAAGAAUGUAUACAAUUAUUGUUAGCUCACGGAGCCCCAGUCAAAGUAAAAAAUCUCGCAGGUUGGUCUCCCCUGGCAGAAGCAAUAAGCUAUGGAGAUCGGCAGACUAUAUCAUCCCUUGUUAGAAAAUUAAAGCAACAAGCCAGAGAGCAAAUGGAGCAAAGGAGGCCUGAUCUUAUCAGAGCACUGGAUCAGAUACAAGAUUUUUAUAUGGAGCUUAAAUGGGAUUUUCAUUCUUGGGUCCCUCUUGUAUCCAGAAUUUUGCCAUCAGAUGUUUGUAAAAUAUAUAAAUCAGGAUCAAGAAUCCGAUUAGAUACUACUUUAGUUGAUUUUACAGAUAUGAAAUGGGAAAGAGGAGAUUUAUCAUUUAUUUUUCAAGGUGAUAAGCCAACUAGUGAAUCAUUGACUGUACUAGAUAACAAAGCAAAAGUGUAUCAAAGAGUGCGCUAUGAAGAGACAGAAAAUGAAAUAGAAGAUGAAGUAGACAUUUUGAUGUCUAGUGAUAUUCUGGCAGCUCAGAUGUCCACUAAAGGCAUCCUUUUCUCAAGAGCACAAUCUGGUUGGAUAUUUAGAGAAGACCGCAAGGAAACUGUAGCAGGGAUAUACAAAAGUGAUGUUUACACAAUAACUGGACUUGUUUUAGAGUCAAGAAAGAGAAGAGAACAUUUGUCAACAGAUGAUUUGCAAAAAAAUAAGGCAAUUAUAGAAAGCUGGACAAGAGGAAAUACACAGAAUUUAGAUACAAAUGGAGAACCUGUUCGACGAGCUUCAUUGAAUCCACCUCCAGAAAGUGGUAUAGACUGGAAUAGUUACAUAUCAUCACCUCCUGGUCAAUAUCCUAGUUUGGGAAGAGAAUUGGUUUACAAGGAGUCUUCCCGUAACUUUCGCGCCACUCUUGCCAUGAGUGAUGAUUUUCCUUUGAGUGUGGACAUGUUACUUAAUGUUCUUGAAGUUAUAGCACCAUUUAAACAUUUUGCUAAGCUAAGACAGUUUAUUGCUAUGAAAUUACCAAAAGGGUUUCCAGUCAAAAUAGAUAUACCAAUACUGCCCACUGUUACAGCGAAGAUUACUUUUCAAAGAUUUGAAUUCCGUGACAACAAUCCACCUCAUUUGUUCAUAGUACCUGAAGAUUUUGUAGAAGAUCCAUUGCGUUUCCCUGAUUUAUGACAUUUUGAUAUUCUAGCACUGUUUGAAGUAUGUGGGUAUCCAAUUCUGUGUGGUGAAACAAAGUGUGCUCUACAGAGACCUAGUUUUAGAGACACAUGUGGCAAGUCUAUGCAUAGACUUCUUUCAAUUGAAAUACCAAUGCUUUUUGGUUUGGGUAGUUCAUACUCGAGCCAUUAUGUCCUGUAUGUUGAAUAGAGAAAUAAGGAAAUUUUUGAACAGUGUUAGAAUGUGUAAUGAAAAACAUCUAAUAUGUUUGAUUUCCAAAACUAAAAUUUGUAGUUAAUCAAUUUCUAAUUUUACAGAAAAUAUAUUAAACCUUCAAUUAAAUAUUUGAUGCAAUUUACAAGUGUAAGUGGUCAAUACAAGAGUUUAUAGCCAAUUUAAAUUGUUCUUUAUUGUAAUUUAUGUACAAACCUACAUUAUUUAUUUAUUAUUAAUAGUUUAUUAAAGUAUUCUAGAUUUAUAAAUUUAAUUUAAUGAAUUUUUAUUUUGUAUUCUUAAGAAAUUAUGUACAUAAAGGUUUUACUAUACAAAUAUGGCCUGAAUCUUAACAUGAUGAAAAAUGUUUUAGCAUAAUAGGUAUACUGUAGCAGUGAUAUAAAUAGUUCCUGGCAGAAUAUUGUAGAUGCGAGUUUAACAUCUCUUGUCUCUCUGCAUCAUGAUAUUGUGAGGAGUAGAAUAAUUUGAUUUGGUUACAACUUAAAUCAUAAAAAAAUGUCUCAUUAAUUAUUUACCAUAUGCUGAUUGGUUCUUGUGCCUUCUAUUUUCAUGAAUAGAAUAGAAACCUUAAAUAUUUAUUUAUUUGUUCUAAACAAAGUAGAAGUAUCAUUACAUAAUUACCAUCAAAAAUGUGGAUACAUCAAGCAUUGCAACAUGAAUUCUAGUUUUAAAUCUUAUUUUCCUUAAUCACUAUCAUCACUUAGUAUUGCAUCUAAUAAGGUAAAUAAAUUCUAUGAAGGACUUAACAUACUUGAUCUAGGAUUUGCCAAGAUCAAGUAGCUCAUAAGCCAAGUAUGUGAGUAAUUUAAGUGCAUCAAACACAGAGUUAAAACAUUUAAACAUUCACAAAAUACAUCUACUUACAAUUUUUAUUCUGUUACAAAAUGAUAUUAACAUUAAUGUUUAUCUUCAUGUGAAUGUGUUCUUCAAAAUAUUGAAAUUGAAUUGUAAUAUAAAUUAACUGCUAUUCUAAAAUCAUUUUGUGUUUGGUGAAUCUGGAUAAAUAGCGAUUUUGUUAUUUGUAUACAUAAUUUUAUCUGGACUUCAGUGAUAUAGAACACAAUAUUAGAAUAACUAUAAUUAAUUGUAAAUCCUUGUCGAAAAGAUUCAUACAUAAUCACAAUUUAGAUAAUUUCACAUCUAGAUGCUUGAGCAAAGCCACAAGAGCAAGCUGUUGACAAUAAUGUUCAAACCCACCUGAUAUUUUAAUGUUAACAUUUUUUCUUGCCAACCUGUUUAAAUAGUAUUAAUAUUUUAAAAGACAGUGUGUGCUGUAAAGUUCUGGUAUGAAAAUUUAUAAUGUAAUAAAUUGUAGAAA